AUGUUCGAUGUAGUUGCUGACGUUGGGCAGUACCGGCAUUUCAUACCCUGGUGUCGACGUUCAGAUAUUCUUGAAGAGCACAAAAAUGCACGGAUAGCGGAAUUAGAGAUUGGUUUUCCACCUGUUCAGGAAAGCUAUCAAAGUCGAAUCAUACUCGUGCGACCAGCGGUUGUUCACUCAGUUGUGAUUGGUGAUUCAAUAUUCAACAAAUUAGAAACGACGUUUCGGUUUGCAAAAGGAUUACCAGGUAACGAACAGACGUGUACCCUUCAUUACGAUUUAGUAUUCGAAUUCAAAUAUGCCUUGCAUUCUACGCUAGCUCAUCUUUUCUUUCACAAAGUAGUUAAAAGUAUGGUGGAAGCUUUUCUGCAGAGAGCAGAGAAAAUUCAUGGAAAACCGUCGACACGCCACGGAAAGGCAGAGAUUCUACGGUACAAGCAUUAG